GCCAUGACCGUGCCGGGGCUGCCGCCGCGCCACCCGCCGCAGCCCAAGGCGGCGCCGUACGUGCAUCUGCUGGAGCUCUCAGGCUUCUGCUCGGGCGAGAGCCGCGCGUCGCAGAGCGCCUUGGACCUGGCGGGCGUGCUGGGCGACAAGACGGCGCUGCUGCAACUCGUGACGGACCUCUACCGGCCCUUCGAGGCGCUGCACGUGGACCAGGUCGUGGCGCUGCACGUGGAGGGAACGACCAUCACUCCUGCAGUGAAUGGCAACGCAGACAAACCGACCAAGAAGACGCAGAGCGGAGCAGAGAAGACGAAGACGGUGGCGGACUCUGAGCCGGGGAUGCACCACUUCUCGACUGGCAUUGCGGGGGCCAUUGCAGGCGCCAAACAGCUCGCGUAUGGAGAGCUCUCGGUGCUGAGGAAGAAGACGGCAAAGGUCCAGAAGAAGCGCGGACGCGAUGCCACGGCCCCCGGCAAGGCCACGAUCCGCAAGUCCAAAUGCAAGCGUGUAGUGACCAUUGACUGCAAAGAAGGGGAGUUCACUGUCGAGCUAAAGCGCAAGGCCAUUGGAAAUGCGGCGCGCGUGCUGCUAGUUGCGGACUGGGUCAGCGAGGCGGACAGCAUCUUUGCUGCACGAGAUGCGCUGACAAGACUCGAAUGCGACGUGGUGGGCGCGAGCUUCGUCGUGGCCACGAAUGCGAGCGUGCUGAAGAGUCUGAAAGCCGCCCAAGUGGCGUUUAGCUGCUCGUGGAACCCGUCUCAUGGGGCGAAGCUCAACACGUCGCUGCCUGGAGGCGAUCCCAGUAACGGAUCCGCCAGCUGCACCUGUCAUCAGACUCAGGCGAACAGUGGACAGGCUUCGAGGAAGCGGCAGCGCACUGAUAUCGACUCGGAUCCGUCUGUGCAAGUUGUGCUGACUCACCGAACCGCCGAGUACCAGGUAAGGCAUGCUCGUGUGGGGUCCAAAUAUUAUGUUUGCUAUGACUGUGAAAUUAACCUUUGA